AUGGAAGCGGAUGUCGUGGUACCUGAGAAACGUCAACGGAAGAAGAGUGGUGGUGGGAGUGUGAGGCGCAGUCACGUAAGUAAGGGACACCUGAAAGGUCAGCUAUAAAACAAAUGUAGAUUCCUGAGUUUGACUUUGUAUUUCCACCUGUAGUAGCCCCCCCUCAUUGGACUAAAGCCAUCAUGAAGCAACAUCAGCUGUCCAGAGGAAAGCGUUUGACCAAACCGAUCCUGUUUGGGACCCUGAUCGUUGGACUGGCUGCUGCUUUCUUCAACAGGUAACUUUAUCUUUGUUUACAGCUGCUGUGUGAGCUGGAGGUGGUGUUGACUGUGUGUAAGAGACACUUUAUUAAAACCUUUAUUUUCAUGCUUUAACCUUCAGUGUUACAUGAUGUACUUUGGUCCACCUCUCUUUACACAAGAGCUGACAGUGACAGUGACCAACCAGCUGAUCAUGAAUCCACUUAUUAAACUGUAUGUUUGUGAUUUUAAACUAAACUGGCAUCUUUAUGUCUGCAGCUCCAUGUAAGGUGUAUUUCUGCACAAGAUUGGCUGUGCAAAGAAAUACCCCUCCAGAUUAUAUAAAUAUGGUACAUUUCAUUCACAGGACAACAGGAAAAUAAGAACUUCUUUAUUAUUUAUUUUUUAAUUUUUUUUAUUUAACAACAAAACAGAGUGACUGCAAAAAAAAACAACAACAUCAAAAAUUAACAAAAAUAUUUUUUGUAAGGGAGGGGAGGGGGAGGGAUAUAUAUAAUAGAGAAUUAAAAAAAAUCUUAAUUAGAUUAGACAUUGCUAUACAUAAAUAUAUAUAUAUAUAUAUAUAUAUAUAUAUAUAUAUAUAUAUAUAUAUAUAUAUAUAUAUAUAUAUAUAUAUAUAUAUACACAUAAGAUUUCACAGUGGGUUUUACAGCUAAUAAAACAAGGAUAAAAUUAUUGUUGUUCUCAUUUUUUACAUGAAAAUUGAACAUCAAAGUCAGGCACAGAAAAUGUUUAUCAUUGAGUUAGAAAAAUCAAUAAACAAACGUUAACAUAAGAUAUGAUGUAACAUGCUCUGGAGUUUGGAGAGCUGUCUGACUCUGUGUUUUGGCUGGGGUGAAUGUUUUUGCAGUACAGAGCCAAGGUAUGGUAGUUGACAUCUAAGUCCUUUAUUGUACUCCAGAUUGAUUUAUUAGCGAGGGUCACCUGUCUGACUGCUCUCAGCAUCACUUCAGGUACUGCACUGCUACGUUCUGUUUUUUGUGUCCUCUCACUUUCUCCUCUCCUUUAAACCACUCUUUUCUCUGUAAAAAUAAAGUCAAAAUUUCAAUAUGACAACCAGACUCUCUAUGUUAAUUUUAGUCCCUUUUAAACAUGAGACAACUAACCCCAAAACGACUGAGACACGUUGCCCCUAAACUACCAUGUCUGCUAAUUAAAGCUCUAACUUAAUCCUAUUUUUUCAUCACCGAUCACAGCUUAUCAAAUUGUAAGCAGUUGCUGGAGUGGAUAGUGUUUGAUGUACAUUUUCUUGUCAUCUUUAAAAUAAAGGAGUUUAUUAUUUCUCUGACUCGAAUGUCUGCCAUGUCCCUUUAGUUGAGCUUCAGUUAAUUUUGAGUGUUUUAGUUUUGUUCAUUUUUAGUUUAGAAACAUGUCAGUAUCUAUCAAUAUAUAUCAAUAUUUUGUGUCCUUCUCCCUGCAGACACAGGUUCUUUGAGGACGUGGAGGAGCUCAAAGCUCAGGAGCGAGCACGAAACGAGGCCAAGAGGAUCGAGAUCCUGGAGAGGAGGCAGAGGCAGCUAGAGGAGGCUGCAGAGAAGAGGAGAGCUGGGAGCAGCUGAGCCACAGCCUGGACUCUUAUUUUCCUCACUAAUGCUCUCACGAUGAGCAGGUCUACAGAUGCCAGAGUGACCUUUGAAGCAAGCUUGUAAAUACUCUGCUGUGUGCCUGGCUUCACUGAGUGAUGCUGGUUUGCUGUUUUCCAGUAUAGACCAGUGGGGAAUAUAUGCCCACCAAAGACACAUCUUUGGUGCAAGAGGCUGAAGGGUUUUGUAUUUUGUAAAAGCGUCAUCAGUGUAAAUCAGCAGCUUGUAUUUUGGUUCAUUCAUACACUACCAGGAAAUGUGAUCAAGUAUUAAGUGUCUGUUUUGAGACAUGGAUAUUGAUAAAUAUAUGACUAAAGUGCUAAAAACCCCAGGAGAAUCAGCCUCUUUGUAUUAUUUCCAGCAGAGGGCAGUGUUGGCUACAACUUCAAGUGUUACUGGUGUAUUUUUUUUGUCAGUAUAACUUUACAUUUGUAAUGACAAUUUCUAAAUGUGAUUUGUAGAGUUCUGCACUUUUUAAUUUGUUUUAUCAGCUCUCUGGGUAAAACUAGAAAUAUAAUUCAUGUAGAGUUAUGAAACAUGCCAGAGUAAUCUUAAUCCUUUUUAAAUUGUGGUCGAUUAUGUAAAGUUUUCCUCUGAAUCUGUUUCCUAAGAAGAUAAAACUGAAAAAAGAGAUUUGAUUUAUAAAGUUAACGCAAGUUACAAAAACCCGCUCUUUAAUACAGCCAGGAGUAAAACUCAUGAACACAAGAAAUACUAGAAUGACAGCAUAAGGUACAGUGAGUUUGUUUUAUCACCAGUGGAAAUCAAGAAGCUUGUUAUCAAUAAUAAACAACCAUCUACAGCCAUUAUUUCUGAAGAAAGUGUUAGUAUAGCCUAAAUAUCUUCAGAUAUGUCAGUCUGAUAAUUGGACAUGGAUAUCUGGUUCGGUGUUGUAAUCUUCAGUAUAAACAAACAACAAAAAAAAUAGAGAGUUAAAAUUGAGUAGAAUAGGGAUUUUACUAAUGAUUGUCAUAAUCUAAUAUUAAAAAAGGUGGUCA